CUGAUGUCCGAUGACACAAUGAAUGCAUAACCUUAUUCAAUGUGGUCUGUCUAGGUUCAUCAUGUCGGCCAAUUUGCAAUGGAUGGUGAUCAGGAACUGCUCCAGCUUCCUUCUCAAGAGGAAUGGACAGACCUACAGCACUGAGCCCAACAAUCUGAAAUCCAGGAACACAUUCCGAUUCAACGGGCUGGUGCACAAGAAGACGGUGGGCGUGCAGCCGGCGCCUGACGGCAAAGGAGUGGUCGUUGUGGUCAAGAAGCGCAAAGGUCAGCACAAGCCAGUCAAUUCUUACAACAAGAUCACCAUCAACAAGAAUGCCCGCGCCACUCUCAACAGCCUGAGGAACAUCAUUAACAAGAACAAGUACAGGAAGGACCUGCGCAUGGCCGCCCUGCGUCGUGCCAGUGCCAUUCUGAAGAGCCAGAAGCCCGUGGUGGUCAAAAAGAAGCGCGCCAGGGCUGCCAAGACCGCAUAAAUGGACAGGCCCCAUAAUUCAAAAUAAAAGCUAUUUGUUUCACAAAAAA